AUGUUUUAUCAAAAAGGAGAGAAUAAAAAUGGUGGAGUACUAGUUCUAGUAAGAUUAUAUAUUCAAGCAACACGUAUAGAAUGUAAACUACAUAACGUUUGUGUAUUAGAUAUUAAAGGCGAAGAAAUAUUACGUAUUAUAGGUGUAUAUGCACCUAAUAUAAAACCUCAUCCAUACACUGAUUCUCCAUUUAUUGACUAUGACAAUGUUGAUGAGCCGAUUCCUGAAGUAAAAUUAGACGAAUUAGAACUCACCGUACAGACAAAACGUAAGAAGAAAUCUCUGGAUGCUCAUGGUAUAUCCAAUUUCAUGUUUAACUUCCUUGAUCAAGGCCACUGGUCCUUAUUUCUUAAAUUAUUUAAUCAUUCCUUCCAAACAGCUAUUAUGCCUAAGGCAUGGAAAGAUACUAGGAUGGUUUUAUUAGCUAAAAACGAGCCUAUCUGCUCUCCUUCGUUAACUCGUCCUAUUUCUCUUAUUGAUUCAUUUCUUAAAGUUUGUGAAAGGGUAUUUCUUUCUAGAUUUCGUGAUGUUCUAUUUAGGAGAGGUUGACUACCCAACAAUCAGUCGGGUUUCAGAAACGGUUUUCGUCUCCAAACUCGUUUAUUGUUAUUCUUGGAGGAUAUAUAUAGUCUUAUGUCUAACAGUACCCCUGUGUGUACCAUUUUUAUCGAUUUUCGUUCUGCCUUCGACCAGUUAUGGCACGAAGGUUGUGUGGGCAAAUUAAAAAGAUUAGGAAUUCC